UUUCAGAAAACCAUUAAUUUGCAAGAUUCUAAUAAAAACCCAUGGUCAGCGGUAAAAUUACUUGUAGUCUUCUAUUUAUUGGCGUUUUUUGAUUGGAAAAAGUAAGAAACAGCGAUCGAGAUCGCCGACUUCAAAGGACAACUAUAAGUAAACCAAGUAUAAGUUGAUGAAUUACGAAACCGGAAAAGAAAGCCUGUUAUGAAAAAGAUGUCAAUCAGCUUUUCAAAAUGGUGAUGACAAAGAACGUCAUCGGAAUUCAAGUUAAAACAACCAAGCUUCUAGCACUUGCACAAAGAGUGUAAAGACGGACGGAACAAACAAAUAACUAUUUCAGAAACCCUUCGAAUGAAUCACUGGACACAGAAUCAAGGUUUACGAAGUAUUGACGAAUUUGUUCAGAAUGAAAUAUUAUGCCAAAGAAAGUACAAUAUCCCAUCAACUGAUCGUCCUGUAUGUCAUUCUAUGAAUAUGGAAUUAAUCAGACUAAAGUCUUUUCAAAAUUUCCCGUCGUCUAAAGCUGUUUCUACACUGCGACUGGCUCGCCAAGGUUUUUAUUAUUCUAUGGAAUAUGACGUCACAAUCUGUUUUGCUUGUGGCUGUCGAAAACGAGACUGGAGGUCGGGGGAUGACAUUGAGGUCGUUCAUCGUAACAUGUCUCCUGACUGUCCCCUUCUGUCGUCACAGUCCACUAGCAACAUCCAAAUUGGAAAUAAGCAAAUGAAUGGACAUUGCAUACACGAACCUGAGCAGCGAAUUAACGCUGGUGGCAACGAUUUAUCUAGCAAUAACAAUGAAAUACCAUCCUCUUUAACUUCAUACAGUGUUUCGACUGGAAACAAAAUAACUAAAGAACCGAAUGCUGAUAGAAAAGACAAUAAAGCUAGCGUACAAGCACUCGCGUCACGGAAGAAGUCAAACGACGCUUGUGGCAACGAUUUUCCUAGCAGUAGCAAUAGAAAUCCAUCCUUAAUAACUUCAGGAAGUAUUUCGUCUGGAAACGCAAUCAAAACAGAACCAAAUAUUGAUAAUAAAGACAAAAAGGGUAGCAGUAAAGCUCCUUCGUCAAAUAAGACUGCAAAUGACCUGUUAACUAAGACGAGAAAACAACAGGAUAAGAUAAAUGCAUUCAUUCGGAACUUGGAUCCAUUAGGUAUUAACUUUGACCGUCCGAAAUAUCCAUCUUACUCCGUGUUGACUGUCAGAGUGAGUUCCUUUGCGGAUUGGCCAUCUAGUCUAACACAGACCCCUAGAGAUUUGGCUGUAGCAGGGUUUCUGUAUGCAGGUUACGGCGAUUACACCCGUUGUUUCUUUUGUGGGGGAGGAUUACGUAACUGGGAGACUGGAGACGAUCCAUGGACAGAACAUGCCCGAUGGUUUCCAAAGUGUGCCUUUGUGAGACAGAACAAAGGAGAUGAGUUUGUUGCAUUGGUUCAAAUUCAGCAUCAAGAACUGGAAGCUAGAAGAACAGCUAACAUGCACCAGGCGAGAGACCAGGCGAGUGGACCCGAAAACGUUAUAUUUGAACGUUCAUCAGAGCCAAAUGUUUCUAGUCUUUCAGCUUUUCAAAGUGUUCUAGAAAUGGGAUAUCCGUCUCAUGUUGUACAACAAGCUUUCGACUUUCUUAAAAACACAAAAGAGUGCAUAAACAUCAUGGCUGAGGAUGUAAUGGAGGUGAUAUUCUCUGGAGGCGACGAACCAUCACCGUCUGCAGCGAAAACGUCGGAUAAGGUUAAGGACACUACCUCAAGGUCAAACGAAGAAAAUGUAAAUGUUCAUGAACAACAAACGAAUUCUACUUCAAUGGCAGUUACAAAAGAAUCUGAGGAAGCAGACACUCUCUCGUUGAUCGAGCAGAACAGACAACUGAAGGAUCUCAGGAUGUGUAAAAUCUGUAUGGAGAAGGACGCCUCCAUCGCCAUGUUGCCGUGCGGACAUCUUUGUUGCUGUACGGACUGUGCUCCUGCCAUGAGGAAGUGUCCAAUAUGUCGGCAAUUUGUGAAAGGCACAGUCCGUACUUGGCUAGCAUGACUGACGUAUUUGUUAAAAGUUGAUAAAAAAAGUUGUCUUUACCUUUUUCUGCUAUUUCUUUUUUAUUUAUAUAUAUUUUGUCACAUUUAAAAAAAACCACACACACACACUAAAACUAUGUCCCUAGUGCAUUGUCCAAAGGUUUCAACCAUGUGAAGUUCACUGAAUAAUGUGAUUUGCACGCAAAUUCCUUAUGUGUUCACUGCUUUUAAGUAAAUGAAAGGUUUUUUAAAUAAUAAUGUUAGUGAUUAAGUGAAUAAUUUGCAUGUAUAUGUAAACUUUUAUUAAACGUAAAUAAUGGUGAUUCCUUAUUUAGCACAAGGACUUUAUUUAGCGAUCCUGACGUUUGUAUUAAAACGCAAG